CUCAGUUACAACUCAGCUGAACUCACUCCUCCUGCCAACAUGUCCUACGGCUGCUCCUCUGGAAACUUCUCCUCCCGCUCCUGUGGGGGCUACCUGCAACUCCCAGCCUCCUCCUGCGGCUCUUCCUACCCCAGCAACCUGGUCUACAGCGCUCAUCUCCAGUCUCCCACCAGCUACCAGCUGGGCUCCUCUCUCUACAGUGGCUGUCAGGAGACCUUCUAUGGGCCCACCAGCUGCCGGAGGUCCUGUGUGCUGUCCAGGCCCUGCCAGACGUCCUGCUACCGCCCCAGGCCCUCUGCGUUCUGCAGUCCCUGCGGAACCACUUAUUCUGGAUCUCUGGGAUUUGGAUCGAACAGCUGCCGCUCCUUGGGCUGUGGAUCUACAAGCUGCUAUUCACUGGGCGGUAGAUCCAACGGUUUCAGACCCCUGACUUACGGAAUCCGAAGCUUUCCUAUGCUGAAUUAUGGAUCCAGGUUCUGUAAUUCAGUCUGUUUUCCUUCUAGGAGUUUCCAUUCCUCUUGUUACCGACCAUUUUACAGAUCUGCCUUUUACUGAAUAAUCUGUAGAUUCACUAAAUCCAUUUAGAAAAAGGCAGAUUCUGUACUAGGCUCAUCUAUGACUAAUUCAUUCAGGAGUAGCCAAAAGUUCUUGAAAUUCUGCUCUCCUUUCCUUUCUGGCUCUUAAAUACUACUGAUACAUUGUUUCUAUAAAGUUAAAUGAAUUUCUCUUCCAAAACAGGAAGUCAAUUAAUUUUAUCUUAAUAAAUUCUUUAUUCUGCUG